AUGUCUGACCUGCGCAUCAAGGCAGGGGAUCAUCAGGGGAAUGAGGACAAUGAGGAACUGCAUCAUCUGUCGCCAGGUGAUGUCAAGAAUGAAGAGUUGAGAGGAAAUAUCAGGAAUCAAGGUGGACCUAAGAGGCAGAAAACAAGCCACGUGGUCGAGGAGAGGAAUGAAAUCUUUCCUUGCCAAGGGUGGGAUUUACAUGAAGCAAUUCACAUAGUGGAUGAAAGAUACAAGUGCUUGGAGUGUGAAAUGAGCUUCUCAGAUCAAUCCCAAUAUCAUAUGCAUUUGAGAAUACAUCCUGGAAAGAAGAGCCAUCAAUGCUUGGAAUGUGGAAAGUGCUUCAGGCGCAGAGCAGACUUCCUUAGACAUCAAAGAAUCGACACAGAAGAGAAACCAGAUAGCUGCUCAGACUAUGGCCAGAGCCUCCCACAGAAAUCAGGCAUUGAUCGACACCAAAGAAUUCAUUCAGGAGCAAAACCAUUGAUCUGCUCAGAGGCUGGAAUGACAUUCUCUCAGGUAUCAACAGAUAAUGUACAUUCUUCAACACACAGUAUAAUGAAGGCACAUAAAUGCUUUCCAUGUGGAAAGAACUUCAGAUGCAGAUCACAUCUCCUUGAGCACCAAAGAACCCACACAGGAGAGAAACGUUUUGCAUGCUCUGAGUGUGGGAAAAAAUUCUGUCACAUUUCCGAUCUUCGACGGCAUCAAAGAACCCACACAGGGGAGAAACCUUUUGAAUGCUCAGUAUGUGGAAAGAAAUUCAGUCAGAGUGGCAAUCUUUUGUGUCAUCACAGAACGCACAGAGGGGAGAAACCUUUUGAAUGUUCAAAUUGUGGAAAGAAAUUCAGUCACCACGGAAAUCUUCAAAAGCACCAACGAAUUCACACAAGUGAGAAACCUUUUGAAUGUUUGGUGUGUGGAAAUAAAUUCCGGCAGCGUGGCAGUCUUCUAUAUCAUCAAAGAACCCACAGAGGGGAGACACCUUUUGAGUGCUCAGUGUGUGGAAAGAAAUUCAGUCAGAGUGGUAAUCUUCUGUGUCAUCACAGAACCCACACAGGGGAGAAACCUUUUGAAUGCUCAGUGUGUGGAAAAAAAUUCAGUCGGAGUAUUACUCUUCUGUGUCACCACAGAACCCACACAGGGGAGAAACCUUUCGAAUGUCCAGAGUGUGGAAAGAGAUUCAGUCAGAGUAACCAACUUCAGAAGCAUCAAAGGGCCCAUACAGGGGAGAAACCUUUUGAAUGCUCAGUGUGUGGAAAAAAAUUCAGUCGGAGUAUUACUCUUCUGUGUCACCACAGAACCCACACAGGGGAGAAACCUUUCGAAUGUCCAGAGUGUGGAAAGAGAUUCAGUCACUGUGGCAAUCUUCAAAAGCACCGAAGAAUUCACACAGGGGAGAAACCUUUCGAAUGCUCAGAUUGCGGAAAGAAAUUCAGCUGCUGUGGCAAUCUUCAAAAGCACCAAAGAAUUCACACAGGGGAGAAACCCUUUGAAUGCUCAGAGUGUGGAAAGAGAUUCAGUCAGAGUAACCAACUUCAGAAGCAUCACAGAACCCACACAGGUGAGAAACCCUUUGAAUGCUCAGAAUGCGGAAAGAAAUUCAGUCAAAGUGGCAGUCUUCAACAGCAUCAAAGAAUCCACACAGGUGAGAAACCCUUUGAAUGCUCAGUGUGCAGAAAGAUAUUCAGUCAGAGUAACCAACUUCAGAAGCAUCAAAGAACCCACACAGGUGAGAAACCCUUUGAAUGCUCAGAGUGUGGAAAGAAAUUCAGUCAGAGUAACCAACUUCAGAAGCAUCACAGAAUCCACACAGGGGAGAGACCUUUCGAAUGCUCAGAGUGUGGAAAGAGAUUCAGUCAGAGGGGCAGUCUUCAACAGCAUCAAAGAACCCACACAGGGGAGAAACCUUUCGAAUGUUCAGUGUGCAGAAAGACAUUCCGGCAGCGUAGCAAUCUUCUAUAUCAUCAAAGAACCCACAGAGAGGAGAAACCUUUUGAAUAUUCAGUGCAUGGGAAGAAAUUCAGUCAGAGCCACUCCCCUAAAGCUGCCUCUUUCUCCGAAGUCAUCUUGCAGCUCUUGAGCAUCUGA